AUGUCUCUUCAGGGGAGCGGUGGUUACCAGAGCCCGUGGUCGUCGCAGGGUGGGCACUCGGAGUUGGACAAUACGAUUGAUUUGGAACCUUUGGGCGAACUAACAGAGGUCGGUUUUGAGCCGCAGACGCGCGCGCGAUCCAACACGUGGCCGCUACCAAGGCCAGACAACUACGUCGAAGCGGCUGACGACACUGGCUCCAAGAAGAACUCCAAUCAGAAUCUGAGUGGUGCUCCACCACUGCCAGCUGUUGGAACCAAGAAGAAUUCAUCCCGCCGCAAUGCUUGGGGCAACCUCUCAUACGCUGAUCUCAUUACCCGAGCCAUCACCUCAGCACAGGACAACAGACUCACGUUGUCUCAAAUAUACGAGUGGAUGGUUCAAAAUGUGCCAUAUUUUAAGGAUAAGGGAGAUAGCAACUCGUCAGCUGGAUGGAAGGCCGAUACUAGAACGAAGCGACGCGAUGUACAAAACUCAUAA